CCCCGCCAGCCCGCCACGCAGGCCGCUCAAGCUCCGCUAAAAUUCUGUACUUUAGCUCCAAAGGAUUUUUUAUCGAUCGAAGUAUUUUAUGAGCUCUUCCCCUACCCCUCGCCUCCUCAGUGCUGCUUACUGCCUGCUUCCUGCCAGCAUAAUCCUCUCAAGACUUUUGCUGAUACCCAAUUGCAAAGCAAACCACUCGCAACAUGUCUACCACCAGUGCCAAUGGCCAAGAGGCCACCUACGCUCUCUCCAGCGAGCACAAGGAGUUGUUGGAGAAGUCCCUCGUGGACUCUGAUCCUGAGGUUGCUGAGAUCAUGAAGAAGGAGAUCCAGCGUCAGCGGGAGUCCAUCAUCCUCAUCGCCUCCGAAAAUGUCACAUCCCGCGCCGUCUUCGAUGCCCUCGGUUCGCCCAUGUCCAACAAGUACUCCGAGGGUCUCCCCGGUGCCAGAUACUAUGGUGGCAACCAGCACAUCGAUGAGAUCGAGAUUCUCUGCCAGAACCGUGCCCUGAAGGCAUUCAACCUCGACCCUGCCAAGUGGGGUGUCAACGUCCAGAGCUUGAGCGGUAGCCCUGCCAACUUGCAGGUCUACCAGGCCCUCAUGCCUCCUCACGGCCGCCUGAUGGGUCUUGACCUUCCUCACGGUGGUCACUUGAGCCACGGUUACCAAACCCCCGCCAAGAAGAUCUCUGCCAUCUCCACCUACUUCGAGACCAUGCCCUACCGCGUCAACGACAGCACUGGCAUCAUUGACUACGACAGACUCCAGGAGAAUGCCUCCAUCUUCCGCCCCAAGAUCCUUGUUGCCGGUACCUCCGCCUACUGCCGAGAGAUCGACUACGCCCGUAUGCGCAAGAUCGCCGACUCCGUCAACGCCUACCUUGUCGUUGAUAUGGCCCACAUCUCUGGUCUCAUCUCCGCCGGUGUCAUCAAGACCCCCUUCGAUUACGCCGAUGUUGUCACCACCACCACCCACAAGUCCCUCCGUGGUCCCCGUGGUGCAAUGAUCUUCUUCCGCAGGGGUGUCCGCAGCACCGACAAGACUGGCAAGGAGAUCCCUUACGACCUUGAGGACAAGAUCAACUUCUCGGUCUUCCCUGGUCACCAGGGUGGUCCCCACAACCACACCAUCACUGCCCUUGCUGUCGCCCUGAAGCAGGCUGCUACUCCCGAGUUCAAGGCCUACCAGAAGCAGGUCGUCGAGAACGCCAAGGCUUUGGAGGUCAAGUUCAAGGAGCUCGGCUACAAGCUUGUCUCGGACGGCACUGACUCGCACAUGGUCCUCGUUGACUUGCGUCCUCAGGCUUUGGACGGUGCUCGUGUCGAGGCCGUCCUCGAGCAGAUCAACAUUGCCUGCAACAAGAACAGUAUCCCUGGUGACAAGUCCGCUCUUACCCCCUGCGGUAUCCGCAUCGGUACCCCUGCCAUGACUUCUCGUGGCUUCGGCACCAAGGACUUCGACAAGGUUGCUGAGUACAUUGACCAGAGCAUCAAGAUCUGCAAGGAGGUCCAGGCUGCUCUGCCCAAGGAGGCUAACAAGCUCAAGGACUUCAGAGCCAAGAUCACUGGAGGCGAGGUUGAGAAGAUCAACAACCUGAAGAAGGAGAUCUCGGCUUACUGCCUCAAGUUCCCUCUGCCUGUUGAGGGCUGGAGAGUCGAUGCUGGUAUCUAAGAAGACAUCACCGGCAAUGAUUGAUGAGGUUCAACCGUAUAUGAGAGAUGAUCAGGGGUAACUCAACUUUUCUCGGCGUGAAACAAGGAGUCCAGGUUUUAACAUCUGGAAAACGGAAGACAAAUAGUCAUGCAUAUUAUAAGGCGUUACUGCUUACGAGCAGUUUGGGGGCUGGGUUGCCAUAUGGCAUUUGGGUUUACACUGCUUCAACACAGCGGGUGUCUUGCUUUUACUAUGAAAACUGUAUAAUACAGUGAAACCGAAGCUUUUUAGCUCGGAUCAUUUGACGCAAGACGUUUGUGUUUUGUGACAGUUGCAUGUGAUUGAAUGGUCAAUGAUGUAAUAAUU